AUGGUAUUGUUUGAAGACCGCUUCAUUGUGCGCGGCAUAGACAACUCUAAAUAUGAGCGUGUGACUAGAAUCACCGCCAAGAGUACCGGGUUUGACGCUGAGAUAGUUUUGGAUGUAAAUUCAGAUUUGUUUCCCGUGAGGGAAAAUACAACACUGCACAUAUUGCUGACCAACAAUUUGUCCACGGGUGACAGUGGUAAUAUAGAAGAAAUCAACGACUUUGGAUCAUUGGUGGGAAAUUAUGAAUAUGCCAUGUACGGAAAAAUUUUCAAGUUUGAAGAAAUAUCUUCUGAGAGAAGGUGCUUAUACACUUCAUUUGGUGGACUUUUAAUGUCACUUACUGCGGAUAAACAGGUUAUAUUGGAUUUGGAACUUGAUAUGCGGAUAUAUCUCUUGGCACAACGUGUCGACUAUAGGAACUAG